UUGUGGGUUGUGAGUGCGCGCGAAAGAUUCACCUCAUGCAUCCUCCGAAUUCCCGUGAAAGAAGGUCGCAGUGGAAGUGUCCUACUCGCUUUUCUGAAACGAGACAGCCUCGAUGACGUAUGCGGCCGAGAAAUGCGACCUCUGGAGGACACAUCCUUCCAAACGAGACACAGCCAUUGACAGGCAAAAUGUCUCUCAUCUCCCUCGUGACAAAACAGCACAUACAGUAUAUCAGUAAACUGUUACUGGGGCUCCAGCAGAGGGCUCUACGGUAAUUUCAGCGCCGUUUGUCCAGCGUGUGUUUGGCUUUGUUUGAAUUCUUUCUCUGCUGGUUCCGGACAUUGUGCUGCGGCUCUCAGACACAUUCAACUCACAAACUUUUCAUUUGAUUAUUUCAUUAUUUCAUCUGUUGAACAGCUGGAAAGAUCAGUGAAGAAUGGCCUUUCACUAUCCAAACGCCUACAGAGACGAGUCAGCGGUUGAUGAAUAUCAUGGCAGUAAAGUUCCUGAUCCGUACAGCUGGCUAGAAGAUCCUGACAGUGAAAAAACACAGGCAUUUGUGAACGCUCAGAAUCAGUUGACUCUGCCGUUCCUGGAGCAGUGUGAGAUAAGAGACUUCUUUAAGGAUCGAAUGACUGAACUCUAUGACUAUCCCAAAUACAGCUGCCCCUUUAAACGUGGGAAUAGGUACUUUCACUUUUAUAACACGGGUCUGCAGAACCAAAGUGUUCUGUACAUGCAGGAGAACCUUGAGGCAGAACCCACCGUCUUCCUUGACCCAAACACCUUCUCAGAGGACGGGACAGUCGCUUUACGAGGCUAUGCGUUCUCUGAGGAUAGCGAGUACCUGGCAUAUGGUACCAGUGCCAGCGGUUCUGAUUGGGUUGAGAUGCGGUUCUUGUGUGUGGAUGGCGCUGUACCUCUGGAAGACCGACUGGAGAGAGUCAAAUUCAGCUGCAUGUCCUGGACACAUGAUGGGAAGGGACUCUUCUACAACUCCUAUCCUGAGCAGGAGGGCAAGAGUGACGGUACGGAGACGUCCACUAACCUGCACCAGAAGUUGUUCUAUCAUGUGUUAGGAACCCCUCAGUCUCAGGACGUUCUAUGUGCCGAAUUUCCUGAGCAGCCGAAAUGGAUGAGCGGUGCUGAGGUGUCUGAUGAUGGGCGUUAUGUGCUGCUGUCAAUCAAAGAGGGCUGUGACCCCGUCAACAGACUGUGGUACUGUGACCUGAACACUGUGUCGCAGGGAAUCACUGGUUUGUUGCCAUGGGUGAAGCUGAUCGAUAACUUUGAUGCAGAAUAUGAAUACGUCACAAAUGAAGGAACCCUUUUCACUUUUAAAACCAACCUAGACGCUCCUCAAUAUCGACUCAUCAACAUUGACUUUGCUCAACCGGCCGUCAGCCAAUGGAAAGAGCUCAUUCCACAACAUGACAAAGAUGUCAUUGUGUUUGCUACAUGUACGUAUUCCAGCUUCCUGUUCGUGUGUUUUCUCCAUGAUGUGAAAAAUGUGUUAAAGAUGUUCCAUCUGUCCUCGGGGGAGGAGAUACACACGUUUCCGCUGGACGUUGGCUCAAUCGUGGGCUUCACUGGCAGGAAAAAAGACUCCGAGAUCUUUUACAGCUUCACCUCCUUCCUGUCUCCAGCAAUCAUCUAUCACUGUGAUCUGACUAAAGAUCCACUGCAGCCACACGUCUUUCGAGAGGUCACGGUGAAGGGAUUCAAUCCUGCUGAUUACCAGACCACUCAGGUCUUUUAUCCUAGUAAAGAUGGCACGCAAAUCCCCAUGUUUAUCGUCCAUAAGAAGGGAAUCAAGCUGGAUGGCUUCCACCCAGCGUUUCUGUACGGUUAUGGAGGUUUCAAUAUUUCCAUCACGCCCAGCUACAGUGUUUCACGGCUGAUAUUCAUCAGGCAUCUAGGAGGAGUUUUAGCUGUCGCCAACAUAAGAGGAGGUGGAGAAUACGGAGAGACGUGGCAUAAAGCGGGGAUGUUGGCCAAUAAGCAGAACUGUUUCACAGAUUUUCAGUGUGCUGCCGAGUAUCUGAUAAAGGAGGGUUACACUUCCCCCAGCAAACUCACCAUCAACGGAGGGUCCAACGGCGGUCUACUUGUGGCUGCGUGUGUGAAUCAGAGGCCUGAUCUGUUCGGCUGUGCUGUGGCUCAGGUCGGCGUCAUGGACAUGUUGAAGUUUCAUAAGUUUACCAUCGGACAUGCGUGGACCACUGAUUUCGGCUGCUCGGAAAUCAAAGAGCAGUUUGAUUGGUUAAUCAAGUAUUCUCCGCUUCAUAAUAUCCAGGUUCCAGAAGGUGACGGGGUUCAGUACCCCGCUGUACUGUUGUUGACGGGUGACCAUGAUGACCGUGUGGUGCCUCUACACUCAUUAAAAUAUAUCGCCACCCUGCAGCAUGUGGUUGGUAGCUGGUCCGGCCAAUCAAACCCUCUCUUUAUCUAUGUGGACACCAAAUCCGGUCACGGCGCAGGAAAACCCACUAGUAAAGUCAUCCAGGAGGUGGCGGACACAUACGCCUUUAUCGCUCGCUGCCUGAACCUCAGCUGGCUCGAAUGAGACAACAGUUUUGAAGCUUGUAACUUCCUCUAGCUGUUCCUCUACUCCUGCAGGUUUCGUCUUCUUACAAAUUCGUUUUCAUUCUUGCUAGUUUGCUCUCCUGUUCACUGAAAUAAUCACUUUCUUGAUCUUUUGGUUAAAACGUUGCAACACUAUCAUUUUUUAAAUAUUGGUUGAGAGCUCUUACCUGAACUGCACUGACGACUGAUAUCAAUUCACAGUGUGUCCUGGCUGUGUACGGUUCUUAGGAAAUAUUGUAAUUGCUGAGGUCACAGGUGCAAUGUGUCAUAACUUCUCCAGCGCUUUACAAAAUCUGUAUUUAUUUGAUGACAGGAAUGUAUGAAUAGUUUAUAGAUUACUGCAUAAUUUCAGUUACAACAUAGUUACUCUCGGCAAGAAACCAUUUCACAGUAUUUGUGUGUGUGUGUGUGUGUGUGUGUGUGCGUGUGUGUGUGUGUGUGUGUGUGUAUGUGAGUGUGAAUGAACGAGUUCUCUUGACAAGAAAAUGUUUCUACCUCCACAUUUAUGCAGAUUGUUUUAUCUUUAAAAUGAAAAGCAAACAAAAUAAUCUAGUACAAUAAAAUAAAUUUGAACCAGCAUAUGUUGUUUGUGUGUGCUCAGAGAAUACAGAGUUUGGAACAUU